AUGAGCAACACCGAUACGAAGGCGUACUCGGCCACCGAAAUCCGCCCCGGUGAGCCCCGCGAGCAUGACGACAAGGCAUCGUUCGGUCCUCAGGCGGUGGCUCGUCCGAGGCCGAUGGCCAUCAGGCAAGUGAACACUGUGACCAGGGGCAAGGGACGUAUCAAGCCAAGGCUGUCACAGGUGGAGAGGAUGGGCGGUGUCGAUGGAGCCGCGGGAGCCAUCGAGGCGGCCCACUCGAUGCCCCGAGAGGAAGCCGUCGCCGAUCGCGACCCCGACCGCGCGAGCGGCGAGCUACCCUCCGAUGCCCCUCCCAGGUACCCGUACUACCUCACCGACGACGGUGACAGCGUCGUCCCGCGCCUGGACUGGACGGAUGCUCGUCAGCGUAACCGAGCCAUGGACCUGAUGCGACGCGGCGAACCGGUGCUGCUCAGACGCACGGGGCUGACGGGGUCGCUCACGGGACGAGCGGCGGACAUCAAACCGGGGUUGCUGAAUUGGUGGGGCACCGACGACUUCGAUAAGGUCCUCGAGCGACACCGCGCCACCGUCGACGGCGGCUCCGCGAGGGAGAUGCGGUGCAUGACAUCUGUCGCGGGCAAGCACGCCUUCACGCCGGCGAUUGAGCAGAACAACGCGUUCGGGUCGCACUACCGCGUCCGCAAGCCCGAGACGGACGUGUCAUCGCGGGACUUUCAAACCUUUGCGACGUGCGCCAGGAAUUGGACGGACCUGAAGAUGUAUCUGCUCGACGACGUCGCAGUCGCGGUUGACCGUUCCACCGCGGGGAAACCGCCAACCGACGUGACGCCCCUGAAGUCAUUCCCGAAUGACCCGAUCGGCUCGGAUGUCGUCUCCGGUAUCGACUGGGAGUGGCUCGCCAACGUGCGACGUGCGCUCAAGAUGGGCCCCGUCCGCGGCGCGGUUAUCAGCGCAGGGACGGAGGGCAGCCUGCUCCCCGCGCAUCACCUAACCAGUUCGCUCGUGUCUCACGGCGUCGCGAGCCCCAAAAAGGUACCGACACACGUGGGUAAGUUCGAGGUGAACCCCUUGGAUCUCGAAGGUGCCCGAGCCGCUGAGGACGCCGCGAAAGCCAUGUCCAACGAGAAUCACUGCGAGUCUUUCCAGUGUCAGGUUAUCGGGCGCAGGAGGGUGCUGCUGAUAUCGCCCGACUUGUCCUACAAAGGUUUGUACCCGUAUCCGAUAGCGCACCCUUACGACGGAUACGCGAUGGCAAACCUGGACGACGCGGACUACUCGAGGCAUCCCAGGCUGGCCGAGGUUCGCGGUGCGGCGGCGAUAUGCGAGCCCGGUGACGUGCUCUUCGUCCCGGACUCGUGGUGGAGACACGAGCAGGGUCUCACCCAGGAGCACGCCGCCGUGGAGAUCCGGGUCGGCACGGGCAUGCGCCCCAGGACCGCCGCCGCGGCCGUGCUACACGUGGGCCGGCUCGUGGAGGAUCGCGUGACCCGCGCGGAAGGUCAUAGGGACGCGAGGCACUGGACGAAGGUCAUCGCCGACGCGGAGGAGGCUGACUGGCUAGACCUGGGCACCGUGAGGGGCGCGCAUCGCAUCGACAUGGCGCAUAUGGUACGCGACGAGAUCGACCUCGGCCUGCCCACGCCGCGAGGUGCCCAGCCCGGCGCCGGUCGAGGUCGAUGGCAGGCGUUCCUCCGUGACUUGAUCGACGGUAGGAUGGAACCGACCGAUUGGCUGAACGAUAACUUUGUCGAUCCGCUGUUCCUGUCCGAGGCAAAGGCGGAGAUGAAACGACGCGCGGAGCUCAUCGCGGAUGGAAAAGUUGACCCGGAAACGACCGGCACCGAGCUGGCGCUGUCGAGCGACGAGCUCGCAAAGGUCGCCGGUGCCGAGGAUAACUUCGCCGUCUCACUCGCCGGCGGCGGUGUGCUCACCAAAAACGCGAAGCGACUCCCCGAUGACCGCAGCGAGACCCAGCGCUCGUUCCCCGAAUUUUUUGUCGACUCGCUCAACCAAAAGGCAUCCCAACUUCGUGAGUAA